UAUUGCUGCUUCCCGUAUCAACACAACGUUUAUAACGAAAAAUCCAACAUCCGUAAAGAAUGAACUAGUCGAUAGAUUCAUGGUGGCCGACGAUAAUACUACACCCAGUUUGUAUUUUUUACCGUUUAAUUCUGGCAACGGUGGUCACUGGGUGUUGGUUGCUAUGGAUCUUUCGAGACUAAUGGUGUAUUAUCUCGAUUCGUUAUCGGGUGAUUGGAGUAAAUAUCCGAGUAUGAAGAAGACGGUUGACGCGGCAAUACUAAAAUUUAGAUCGAAAAAGAAUUACCGUAAUAGGAAGGACAUUACCUGGAUCAGAGUUCAGUGUCCUCAGCAAAACAAUUCGGUCGAUUGCGGAUUUUUUGUAUUGAGAUUUAUGAGAGAUAUCAUUGCGUUGAAUCGUAUAGACAUCCCAAAAAUGGUAUGGAAUAAUAACUUAGGGUUUAUUUUAAUAUUAUCGGAUAUUUCAUCUAAUUUGUUACUAAAUCAUGAAUAUGUUUUAUUCUCUUAAU